CCUGCCAGUGCCUGCCCUUCCGCGCCCGCCCCGGGCCGCAGCGGCCGCUCUCCCGCCGGCGCCCGCGCUCCGAUCUCCCCUCCCAGUGCAGUGGCCGCCGCCUCUUCCGCCGCCGGGCUCGGGGCCUCCGCGCAGACAACAUGGAGGCCGUGAAAACCUUCAACAGCGAGGAUUGUGCCUCUACUCCUGCUUGUACAGACUGCUUUUCCAGCAGCAUGGACACAAGAAGCAUAUUGUAUUCCUUGAAUGACUACAAACCACCCAUUUCUAAAGCAAAAAUGACCCAGAUUACAAAGGCAGCCAUCAAAGCUAUUAAGUUCUAUAAACAUGUGGUACAGAGUGUUGAGAAAUUCAUUCAGAAAUGUAAACCAGAAUACAAAGUACCUGGACUUUAUGUUAUUGACUCUAUUGUGAGACAAUCCCGACAUCAGUUUGGUCAAGAAAAGGAUGUGUUUGCACCUCGAUUUAGUAAUAACAUCAUUAGCACUUUCCAGAAUUUGUAUCGUUGCCCUGGGGAUGACAAGAGUAAAAUAGUGAGAGUCUUAAACUUAUGGCAGAAGAAUAAUGUAUUUAAGAGUGAGAUUAUUCAACCGCUUUUGGAUAUGGCAGCAGGGAUUCCUCCUCCCGUCGUCACACCUGUUUUGGCCAGUACUACUGCCGCUAUGAGCAAUACUCCAGGAACACCUGUGACACCUGUUACUCCAGCCAAUGUGGUCCAAGGCCUGCCUGAUCCAUGGGUAUCUCAGAUAACAAAUACGGAUACACUUGCAGCAGUUGCUCAAAUCUUACAAAGUCCUCAAGGCCAACAGCUUCAGCAGUUAAUACAAACCUUACAGAUACAACAGCAGAAGCCGCAGCCUUCCAUCCUCCAGGCCCUGGAUGCUGGUCUUGUGGUCCAGUUGCAGGCUCUCACAGCACAGCUUACAGCUGCAGCCGCAGCAGCCAACACACUUACUCCCUUGGAGCAGGGAGUCCCUUUCAACAAGAAGUUGAUGGAUAGAUUUGAUUUUGGGGAAGAUUCUGAGCAUAGUGAAGAACCCAAAAAGGAAAUGCCAACGCCUCAACUUUCUCAUGUUUCAGAAUCUGUGAACAAUUCCAUUUUUCAUCAGAUAGCAGAACAACUACAACAGCAAAACCUUGAACAUCUCAGACAGCAGCUCUUGGAACAGCAACAGCCUCAAAAGGCAACUCCUCAGGAUAGUCAAGAAGGUACAUUUGGAUCAGAGCAUUCAGCCUCACCAUCACAAGGAAGUAGUCAGCAACAUUUUCUUGAGCCUGAAGCAAAUUUGGAUGAUUCUAUAGAUAUUCAGCAACAGGAUAUGGAUAUAGAUGAAGGGCAAGAUGGAGUGGAAGAGGAAAUCUUCGAACAAGAAGCUAAGAAAGUGGCUGUUCGCUCCAGAUCAAGAACUCAUUCGCGAUCUCGUUCAAGAUCACCAAGGAAACGGAGGUCCAGGUCACGAUCUGGAUCUCGAAAACGUAAACACAGAAAGCGUUCCAGGUCCCGCUCAAGAGAGAGGAAGAGGAAGUCAUCACGUUCAUACUCCAGUGAAAGGAGAGCCAGAGAAAGGGAGAAGGAACGGCAGAAAAAGGGAUUACCUCCAAUUAGAUCUAAAACAUUAAGUGUAUGUAGUACUACUCUGUGGGUUGGUCAGGUAGACAAGAAGGCGACACAGCAAGAUUUAACCAAUCUUUUUGAAGAGUUUGGACAAAUUGAAUCCAUUAAUAUGAUUCCUCCCAGGGGUUGUGCUUAUGUCUGUAUGGUACAUCGACAAGAUGCAUUUCGAGCUCUUCAGAAACUGAGUUCCGGAUCAUAUAAAAUCGGUUCCAAGGUUAUUAAGAUUGCUUGGGCUUUAAACAAAGGUGUAAAAACAGAAUACAAACAAUUCUGGGAUGUGGAUCUUGGAGUUACAUAUAUACCAUGGGAAAAAGUUAAAGUGGAUGACUUGGAUGGUUUUGCAGAAGGAGGCAUGAUUGAUCAGGAAACUGUAAAUACUGAAUGGGAAACGGUGAAAAGCUCAGAACCUGUUAAAGAGACGGUCCAGACAACGCAGAGUCCAACUCCAGUUGAAAAGGAGACAGUGGUCACAACCCAGGCAGAGGUUUUCCCUCCACCUGUUGCCAUGUUGCAGAUUCCAGUAGCACCAGCGGUGCCUACAGUUAGUUUAGUUCCACCAGCAUUUCCUGUGUCUAUGCCAGUUCCUCCUCCUGGAUUCAGUCCGAUCCCUCCACCACCUUUUCUUCGAGCAAGUUUUAACCCUUCACAGCCACCUCCUGGUUUCAUGCCCCCUCCAGUUCCCCCGCCGGUUGUACCACCCCCUACAAUUCCACCAGUAGUACCAACAUCCUUAGUGCAGCCGCCACUGUCCAUGACCCCAGAAACUGUGAAGGAUGUUGGAUUUGGUAGUCUUGUUUUACCAGGUGGUCCAGUUGCCAGCAGUCUUGCUGCUUCUGCUCUGCCAGCUGGAAAUGUUUUUAAUCCUCCAAGUAAACAAGCAGAGCCUGAAGAAAAAGUACCUCAUCUUUUAGAACACCAGAUUCCUUCUGGUGAAAACAGCAGACCAGUGAUUCCAAAUGACAUUUCAAGUACAGCUGCAAUUUUAGGAGCACAGCCGCCUAAUGUGACAAGCAAUUCUGGAAUUUUGGGAGUCCAAAGACCAAAUGUAUCAAGUAAUUCUGAAAUUCUUGGAGUCCGGCCAUCUAAUGUUUCCAGUAAUUCUGGGAUUAUUGGAGCCCAACCACCAAAUAUUUUAAAUAACUCUGGAAUUUUGGGAAUACAGCCACCGAAUGUGUCAAGUAGUUCUGGACUUUUGGGAGUGCUACCCCCAAAUAUGCCGAAUAAUUCUGGACUUGUAGGAGUACAGCCACCAAAUGUUACAAAUACUUCUGGACUUUUGGGAACACAGCCACCAGCUGGACCUCAAAGUUUACCCCCUUUAAAUAUCCCUAAUCAAAGGAUGCCUGCAAUGCCAAUAUUAGACAUUCGUCCAGGACUGAUACCACAGGCACCUGGACCAAGAUUCCCUUUAAUACAACCUGGAAUUCCACCCCAGCGUGGAAUCCCUCCCCCAUCGGUACUUGAUUCAGCUCUUCACCCACCACCCCGUGGACCUUUUCCUCCAGGAGAUAUUUUCAGUCAGCCAGAAAGACCUUUUCUAGCUCCUGGAAGACAAAGUGUGGAAAAUGUUAUUAACCCAGAAAAAAGGAUACCACUUGGGAGUGAUAACAUUCAACAGGAAGGAGAUAGAGAUUACCGGUUUCCUCCCAUAGAAACCAGGGAGAGCAUUAGUAGACCUCCCCCAGUGGAUGUUAGGGAUGUGGUGGGGCGGCCUAUAGAUCCAAGAGAAGGUCCUGGAAGGCCUCCAUUAGAUGGUAGGGAUCAUUUUGGAAGACCUCCUGUAGAUAUAAGAGAGAAUCUUGUGAGGCCAGGUAUAGAUCAUCUUGGUCGAAGAGACCACUUUGGCUUUACCCCAGAGAAGCCCUGGGGGCAUAGAGGAGAUUUUGAUGAGAGAGAGCACCGGGUUCUCCCUGUCUAUGGUGGUCCAAAAGGAUUACAUGAAGAAAGAGGUAGAUUUCGGGCUGGAAGCUACCGAUUUGAUCCUAGAAGUGGUCCUUGGAACAGAGGAUUUGGACAAGAAGUUCACAGAGAUUUUGAUGACCGCAGAAGACCCUGGGAGAGACAGAGGGAUAGGGAUGACAGAGAUUUUGAUUUCUGCAGAGAAAUGAAUGGAAAUCGUCUUGGACGAGACAGAAUUCAAAACACUUGGGUCCCCCCUCCUCAUGCUCGGGUUUUUGAUUAUUUUGAAGGGGCCACUUCUCAACGAAAAGGUGAUAAUGUGCCUCAGGUUAAUGGUGAAAAUACAGAGAGACAUGCUCAACCACCGCCUUUACCAGUACAGAAUGAUCCUGAACUUUAUGAAAAACUGACGUCUUCAAGUGACAUAAACAAGGAGAAGAGUGACACAGUUGCUGAUAUAGAAAGUGAACCAGUGGUGGUAGAAAGCACAGAAACUGAGGGGACAUAAUCAUCACUCAGUAGGCAAGAUGAUGAAUGAAGUCCUGGCAGCUUCCUGUGUCCCAGGCCUUGUAGAAAUAAAUGAGACAGACGUGCUUCAAAGUUCUAAUGUGCAUCACAUCGGAUCUUGUUUAAGGAAGCGUUAAAAGGAACCCACCGUUACCUAUUGAGAAGGCUCUAUGCUCUCAGGCAUUGUUUCUGAUUGAAUCCAGAGGUUGCAAGCAUGCCUCCCUGUAUUACCUGUUGGAGCAGGUUUAAUUUUAUAAAUUUUAAACACAAACUCUAUGAGUUUCUAGUUCAUAAUUGUUCUUUUUGAGGAUCCACUCAGAUGAACAAUAUCGCAUCUGUAAGAGAUACACACUUCCACAAGCCCAGAAUUGAUUGGGAGAUCAGUGGCAACUAACUCCAUCUGUAGCAUCCAGUACCAGUGACGGAGGAGACAGAGCUGGAGGAAGCCUAUCGCGGGGAAAGUCAUUGUGUUGGAACUGCAGAUGACUGGAACCACAUAGCCGUAGUACACUGAGGCUCUUUUCUUGAACACCGUAUGUGCACACUGUGUAGUUCUUGACCAGUGGCUUUAAUCCAUUAUUAUUAGUUAUCCCUUUGGACACUCAAACAUUGAAAGUCUUGAGCUUUCAUUAAAAAAAAAAAUCAUAUGCAGGUUUGAGAAAAUCCAGGGUUCCAUAUCGUCUUCCAAGUAUUUCACUUCAGCCUUCCUGUCCCGUUAGGAACGGCAGGUGCCCAGGUGGUAGACAAGCAGCCCUGUGGGAGAGAAAGGAAAUGGGGGUGAGCAGUCGUACCACAUUGUACCGUGAACAUACUUCCUAAGUACACGGCUCCUUAGCGUCUCAUUCAGGCAGAUCUUGCAAACGUCUGCUGCAAGUAUCCAGAACGGGUCUGUGUUUUGGAACUCAUCAGCGUUCACAAUACCUGCAGGGGAGAGAAUUGCGAAAACUCAAAUAUGAGCACCCUUUACACCUAAAAGAAUAUUUUUUAUCAUUCUUUUAUUUGUUUUGGCUCUGUCAAAAAUUAAAGUGCUUGGAAUGCUGUAGUCUGUGGUCUCUUGAAGUUUAGUCAACGAGAACCUAACACCUUCACAGAAUGCUGUCACUUUGGACAUUCAUAAUAAA